CGGCCGUUCAUUCGCUGCCGGAGCUCAGACGAGUGCGAACGCGUGACGACGCCGUUUUCUUGUACUGCAACACCACCGCCCACCAUCCAGUUGCUGCCGUUAUCCACCUGGGCUGGGCGCAAGCGAAAAGAGAGAAAAAAAGGACACACGCACCCAAAUCCCUCCGGGCGGGCGUAGGAUUUUGCCAGCUCAACCCGCAAGGCGCAGGCGUAAGCGACGAACCCCUUUCCUUGUCAGCAGAGACCUGUCAAAGUAACAACAGAGGACGACAGCGACGACGAUGCAGCACUUCAAAACGUUGACGGUGUUGCUGGUGGCGGUACUGCUGGCCGCCCGGGCCACCCCACAGGAGGACCAGGCGAAGGCGAACCGGAACAGUCUGCUGCUGCGGCGCGGCGGCGUUGGCCGACCGCUUGGCCGCACGACACCGACCACCACCACCACGACCACCCCGUCGUCGGCGGAUUACGCUGAGGACGAGUACGCGGACAGCUACGACGAGGGCAAGGGAGAGGACGGCAGCGAGGACGGUGGGGAGGAUGGGGCUGCGCCCGGUGGCAAGCAGCCGACGACGACCACCACCACGACCGAGGCGCCCAAGAAGAUCCGGCCGAGCAUUCGCCCGUUCCGCAGCAACGACGACCUGCUGACGGCGCUCAAGAAGCGGCGCCAGGAGUCGAAGAACAACAAGCCGGCCGCCGCAGCACCGAAGGAGAAGGUGUACGAUGACGAGGACGUGCCGGCACCAGCCGCCCCGGCCAAAAGCGCGAAAGCCCCGGCAAUCGUUCCGAGCAAACGGCGGUUCGGUAGCGGUGCGGCACGGAAGGACGACCACUCGUCGGCGGACGCGGCCAACAACGAGGCGCACGAGGGUGGUAGCGACGGUGGUGCGGGCGGCAACAGCAGCAACGGUGCCAAGUCGCUGAUCGGGCGUCUGGGCCGGUCCCGGUUCGCACUGAAGCAGUGAGUUCCGAGACAUGCAGACAGCGAGAAGGGGGGAAUGGGCGAAGUGGCAGAACUUGCCCCUUCCCGCACCUAAAAAUCCGUCCCCCCCCACCAGGACCAGCCAGCAUUUGGAGUGCGAGAGAAGCGAGCAAUCGUGAGGGCGAGUGAGACAGAAAAUGAGAAGAGAUAGUGUGAGAGAAAGAGAGAGAGAGAGAGAGAGAGAGAGAGAGAGAGAAUGAGCGAGAGUUAGAAAGAAACAUUUGCUUUGACAGGGAAAUCCAGCGAAGGUCGUGUCUAUCCCCUUGCAGCACUACUUACAGCACUCGAACGCGGACGCGGACGCCCCAAAAUCUGUUUGCCGCGUUUGCGGACCAGGGGCCGUCAACCCGGUUCGGUGUACAAUGUGCAGUAGUAGUGGUAGUAGUAGUAGCAGUAGUACUAAUAGGCCAACGUCACAACUUCCACAACCCUGCCAAUUAGCUCGCCGUUUACGUUUAGCUAUUUGUUAUAUGUAGUAAAACAACAACAAAACAAAACACCGACACUCACACACAUACACACACUCCCACACAAAUACAUACAUACAAAACACACAUUUUAUUACUCGUUGGAGCAAAUAAAAUGCGCGCGGCACAGGCGCGCCGUUUUCCCGUGAA